CAAGAGCUUGGGGGGAAGGGCCCCCCCCAGUGGCCACAGUGGCUUCUCAGGUCCAGUCCGAGGAGGAGGAGGAAGAAGCGGGGGAGGAGGAGAGGAACAGGGGCAGGGGGGUGUGGGAGACUGCCCUGGGCUGGAGGUCGGGCCCAGGGGCUCACCCAGGGUCUCUGGCUGCUGAGGCUGGCGAGGGGGCGUUGGGGGGUGUCCCCCUGCAGCCGAGAUCAGCCGUCCCGGGGCCGGGACAUCCGGGCAGGCAGGGGCUAGGUGGGCCCCAUGGCUCCAGGACAGGGCGCCCAGGGAAGGCAGCUAGCCUGAGCCCUGGCUGCGGAAGGACCCGGGCUGCAAGCUCGGCGGCGGCGGCGGCCGCGGCGGCCGCGGCGGGAGCAGAGGAGAGGCCUUCACCGGGCCCGAGCUGCAGGCCAGGCUUCCUUGCCCACCCCCUCACCCCCCGGGAUACGCCCUCUGCCUGUGAGGAGCUCUCAGGGCAAGCCAUGGACCCCCCUGAGAUGCUCGUCAAGGACCCGUAUGCCCAUGUCAGCAUCCCGAGGGCUCACCUGCGGCCCGAGCUGGGGCAGCAGCUGGACGCGGCUCCAUCCUCCUUGGAGUCUCAGCCUCUGCCCGUGGGGUCCUGCACCCUGGAGCCUACCGAGGAGGCCCCAGGGCCCCAGGGUGCCAAGGGGCCUGCCUCCAUCCAAGGCCAGCAGACCUGGCAGCAGCCCUGCACCCCCCAUGGCAGUGGGCAGGGCCAGGCAGGACUGACCUAUGCUGGCCUGCCGCCGAUGGGGUGUGGCGGCAACACUGCCCACCACUGCUGGUGCUGUGUCAUUUCCUAGCCUGGCCC